AUGUCCGGUGCAGGUAAUCGUGAACAAGUUUUCCCUACUCGUAUGACCUUAGGGUUAAUGAAGGGUAAACUUAAGGGAGCCCAACAAGGACAUUCCCUUUUGAAAAGAAAAUCGGAAGCAUUAACGAAAAGAUUCAGAGACAUUACCCAAAGAAUUGAUGAGGCUAAGAGAAAGAUGGGCCGUGUUAUGCAAACUGCUGCAUUCUCCUUAGCAGAAGUUUCUUAUGCUACUGGUGAAAAUAUUUCUUAUCAAGUCCAAGAAUCCGUUCAACGUGCAAGAUUUCAAGUCAAGGCAAAGCAAGAAAAUGUUUCCGGUGUUUACUUACCAACCUUUGAAAGUUAUAUAAAUGAAGAUAUUAAUGAUUUCAAAUUGACUGGGUUAGGUAGAGGUGGUCAACAAGUUCAAAGAGCUAAGUUGGUUUACACCAAGGCUGUGGAAACAUUAGUUGAAUUGGCUUCAUUGCAAACUGCUUUUAUCAUUUUGGAUGAGGUUAUCAAGGUUACUAAUAGAAGAGUUAAUGCCAUUGAACAUGUUAUUAUUCCAAGAACUGAAAACACUAUUUCUUAUAUUAAUUCCGAAUUGGAUGAAUUGGAUAGAGAAGAAUUUUAUAGAUUGAAAAAGGUUCAAGAAAAGAAACAAGAAGCUGCCGCCGCUGCUGAAGCCGAAGAAAAAGCAGCUCAAGAAGCAGCAAUUGCAGCUGGCGCUGAACUUUCUAAGAUUACAAGAGUCACUUCUAAUGAAGAAAUAACUAAUGAUGCUCAAGAAGUUGAAAAAUUAGCCUUGGCUAAUGGAGAUGACGAUUUAUUAAAGGAGAAUGAAGACGAUGUUAUUUUCUAG